UUCUUCAAGUGGCGACUCAAUGGCUCAACGGUUGCUCAGCAGUCUCGCGCUCGCGUCCUUGGUGUCGGCGUCGUUCUGGGGUCGCAUCUACUUGCGCGACGGCAUGGCGCCGAUCCAGUACUUCAAGGACACGUACGGCGGUGCGGUCCCGACCGACGAACUCCAGCUCGUCUUCCCCGUCAACACGCUGGGCUGCACGCCCUUCGACGACGACGACAAGUGGCUCAUCGAGAACGACGAUGUGCGCGAAGCGUACGUUGUCUUGGACCGUGGCAACUGCACCUUUGACGUCAAGUCCAUGCACGCCCAGGCCGCCGGCGCUGCCGGUGUCAUCCUCGUGAGCACGGACGAAGAGAGCGUGCGGCCAGUCGCCCACGUGUCUGCUGGCGAAAUCACGAUCCCGACGGUCAUGGUGCGCCACAGCGCCGGCGACCUCUUCCGCGCUGCGGCGGCGCGCCAAGCCGUGUUCGGGAAGCUCGUGCCCAUGGCGUGCGAGAACUCGGUCUGCCACCCCGAGACCGAGAGUGACUCUGAGUUUAUGCGCGUCGCGGGCAGCGGCGUCGUGGCCUAUGCGGACGGAGCGAAGUUUGACUUCUUGGCCGCCACCUUUGGCGGUCCGCUGGUGAAGCACCCACUGCAGCUGGCCGUUGCGUCGCCCGCACACGCCUGCGCCCCGUUGAGCUCGGACGUUGCGGACCACGCCGUACUCGUGGCACUCGGCGGCAACUGCUCCAUCUUGGCCAAGGUCUCGGCGGCCCAGAUCGCGGGCGCGGCCGCGGUCAUUGUCGCCCAGCGCGAGGAGACGCCGCUCGCGACGCCGUCGGUCGAGACGCCGUGGGAAGCGUACAACAUCACGAUCCCAACGAUCAUGGUGUCGCACGCCACGAGCAGCCGCCUCCAGCUUCGCCUCCAGGAAGCGAUGCACCUCGAGACAGAUGCGACGGUUGCUGAAGCGUGGGAAGCCAUUUUGCACCUCCAAGAACUCUCGAAAUGGCCGUCCAAGAAGAGCCGCCGCGAGGCAUUCCUCACUGAGAUCCUUGCCAAGCAUUGCGGGACUCAGGAGCGCCGAGACGCUGUACGCACCUACUUUAUCAACGUGGCCGGCGGCUCGCCGGCAUCGUGGGACAAGCUCUUUGCGCCCGUGAAGGACGAGUUGUGAUUUUCAAAAAUGCAUUAGUCGAUUACUUGGUC